AAGAACUAAAAAUUCCUUCGGAAGCCAUAAAAGACUGCCUGCUGGUUUGGAUCGUCUGUUUACACCCCCUCUUCUUCUCCAGUAGUGUUUGUUUCUCCAUUUUUUGUUUGUUCGAAGCCAUUUCUCUGGUGUUCGAUUAAUCUAGUUUUAAAACAUAUAACAACUGCCUGGCGGUAAGAUUCAAAUCCGGUCAUGGCAUCCAGUACGAAUAAGGAUAACAAAGAUGACUCGCUUAAGCGUCGAAUGGUGCCUCGAGGCCUGCAGAAACUCAUUGAUCAAUGUUUGAAAAUUUAUCCCGAUCAGGAGAAUCCGCUUCAGGUUACAACCCGGCUGAAGUACUGGCUUGGUGGUCAAGACCCGCUGGAUUACAUCAGUAUGUACCACAAUGCGGGCGAUCCAGAUAAGAACAUUCCGCCACAUUGGCAUUACAUCAGUUUUGGGUUGUCCGAUCUGCACGGAGAUGGACGAGUUCACCUGCCGGAUACCAUCGGCGGACUGGAACCUCGAUCUGGGAUGGGUUUCGAGUUGACAUUCCGUUUGAUCAAACCUCCCAAUUGCACCGACGAAAAGCCACCUACUUGGCCAGCCAAUCUCCUGCAAGCACUGGCCAAAUAUGUGUUCCAGUCAGGGAACAGACUUUGCGCCGGAGAUAAUAUACCUUGGCGUCGGUCGCUGGACGCUAAAACGUCCAGUAUUCAACACAUGCUGAUCGCGGAGGAUCCUCAGAUGCCGCGGACAGAGACCCCUUUCGGAUGGGUGGAUUUCCUACAGAUUGUUGGCGUAACGAACGAAGAGCUGGAGCAAGCUUCGCGUUGGAAUGGGAAAGGCGUUCUGAACCUACUUCAAAAAGACUCGACCACCGGAGGUGAGUGGCUGAUCACCGACAUGACACGAUCCAAGAGCGUUUUCGAACUCUUCCCGGAAACUCUCCGCCAGCUGGAAAUCGAUCUCGAGAAGGAAGGUUCUGACCUUGCUGGCGUAAACGCGGACUUCACCUUCAAAGAACUGCCCAAGAUGGUCACCAUCAAAAAGGAAAUCCUCGAUCCCGAAGAGGAAAUCACCAAAAGCAUUUCGUCGUGCAACAUCGAGAUCAAACAAGAGUUCAACGAUGGACUGGAACAUUCCGGAUCGUCCGAUAUGGUUAACCCCUUCCAUCACUCCCAAGUCCCGUCCAGGGUUUCCCCUCUGAAUGGCAUAGAACUCACUCUGGCCCCGUACGCGGCCAAGUUCCUCGUCCUGGCCAUAAAAGACAGAAUACGCCACGGUCGCCAUUUCACCUUCAAGGCGCAAAACAUGGCCGUCACGUUUGUGGCCGAGUCGGUUACCGGGGCCAUCGUGAACCGGGAAACCCCCUACGGAGUCCUGGGAUAUUGGGUGCAAAUCCUGAUUCCGAAUUCACUCAUCCCAAAGAUGCUGGAUGCGUUUGGAGAUUUGAACAAAAGUUCGGACAAUCUGAAAAUCCCGCUUACCUAUGAAUGGUCGGAGCACAAUUUGAAGUUCAUCAUCGACAAUCCACCGCCGGAGUUGCUUAACCAACAGGGGCCGAUUUUGGCGUAGCUAUUACAAUACUAGAGAAGCAAGCUAAUAUACCAAUGGAACUAUUGUUCCAUUUUUUACGCCUUAUAUUGAACAAUUCUCUUCCUAUUUUCUUAAGUAUUUUACCUAUACUGAUCUUGCAAGAAUGACUUAGUUUUAGUUAGAUAGAAUCUCAAGUGCCUCAAACCCGAUUCAAUAAAAGAAUUGAACUAGGAAA